UCAGCGCAGGCAAUGUGAGCGGAGCCGAGGCGAGCCGAGCGGAGCGGCACUACGGUGGCAGCCGCGGAUCGGCACCGGGACGGGGAGCAGGGAGAGCGGGCAGCAGAGGUCUAUAGGACACCGGAAAUCCAUAACUAAAGAGAACUUGAUGACGGUUAAUUAGUGGCUUUUGAAGCUUUCUCCACCUAUCCUGUUCCACAAAUUUAAUGAUGUCGACCUCAGAUCCAGAAAGGGACUGCGGGGAAGAAGGGCCAGAGAUGGAUAAAGUGGCAGAGCUUCAACAGGAGCGCCUGGUCCAGCAAGUAGCUGCUGUGCAGGUGUCUGAGGAACCCUCUUCAGGGAAUUUGGGAAGGGGCUGCCAGAGCACUGCAGCCAAGGGCACAGACAAGUCAAAGGAUGGAGGAGACCCUCACACGAAUGGUGUAAGCGAGGACUAUGCCAAAACCUACAAGAGUGUGAGCAGCGUGACAAAGAAAAUAGCCUCAAGGCCCAAACUUUCUAACAGGAAGCUGUCCCUUCAAGAACGCUCCUCAGGAAAUUCUCUCUCAGCAAGCGGGGUCCUGCCGAGCUAUGGCGCCUAUUCAACAGGACCAUUAUCAUCUGCAAGACGGCCAACUAUUGAGUCCAGCCGAGUCAACAUGGUCAACUCCCAGGACUCUAUGCAGUUGAACCAGUACAAGCUGAAGACUGAGAUCGGAAAGGGCUCCUAUGGUGUUGUGAAGCUGGCGUACAAUGAAAAUGAUGACAAGCAUUAUGCCAUGAAGGUCCUUUCUAAAAAGAAGUUGAUGAAGCAGUAUGGAUUUCCACGUCGUCCUCCUCCUCGAGGAUCGAAGCCCCCAUCCGGAGAACAGCCAAAGGCCCCAGCGCCCCUGGAGAGAGUCUACCAGGAGAUAGCCAUACUGAAGAAACUUGACCAUCCCAACAUUGUCAAGCUGGUAGAGGUUCUAGAUGAUCCCAAUGAAGACCAUCUACACAUGGUCUUUGAACUCAUGAGUAAAGGUCCCGUGAUGGAGGUGCCAACUGAUCACUUCUUCUCAGAGCAACAGGCACAUUUCUACUUUAGAGAUAUCAUCCUGGGCAUCGAAUACUUACACUACCAGAAGAUCAUCCACAGAGAUAUCAAACCUUCAAACCUGCUCCUGGGGGAUGAUGGGCAUAUUAAAAUCGCUGACUUUGGAGUCAGCGACCAGUUUGAAGGGAACGACGCCUUGCUGUCCAGUACAGCUGGGACUCCGGCAUUCAUGGCACCAGAGACACUCUCCGAUACCAGGAAGAGCUUUCAUGGGAAGGCUUUGGAUGUCUGGGCCAUUGGUGUGACCUUGUACUGCCUGGUCUUUGGCAAGUGUCCGUUUAUGGAUGACUACAUUCUGGCACUUCAUGCCAAGAUAAAGAGCUGGCCUGUGGAGUUCCCAGAAAAACCAGAAAUCAGUGAAGAACUAAAGCACUUACUUCUCCAGAUGUUGGAUAAAAAUCCUGACACAAGGAUUACAAUUCCUCAGAUAAAGCUGCAUCAGUGGGUGACAAAGAAUGGGAUUGACCCUCUUCCACUGGAGGGGGAUCAUUGCAGUAUGGUGGAAGUCACCGAGGAGGAGGUGAUGAACUCUGUCAAGUUAAUCUCCAGCCUCUCGACUGUGAUUUUGGUGAAGGCCAUGUUAAGGAAACGCUCCUUUGGAAACCCAUUUGAGUUUCAGAGCAGGAAGGAGGGGAGGUCAAUGUCGGCACCAGGAAACCUUCUCAUAGACAAGAAUUUGUUUCAGAAUUCCACAAAAAGGCACCCUUCAUUAAGGAAGGCAAGCAGUGGAGAUGGAGGAAAGGACAUGGAACUGCCAGAUGUUUGUGAAGAUGAAGCGAUUUCCUGAGCGCCCUGGGCAUGUGCUUGCUGUAUUCGAUCUGUUGCACCCUGCUAUUUGGCUUGUCUUUGCUCGAUUCAAGAAAAAUCACCUCCACGUGCAAGUGUCAUUCCACACAGCUGUCAUGAGCCAAAGCUUCUGAAGGCACGGACAGAGAUUGGGACUGACCAGCAAAGGUCUGACACCAAGGGAGACAGAGAAAUUAAAUGGAUUCCUGCCUUGCUAAUUAUCUUGCCAGGCAAAAACAACACUGGAUGCAGCUUGUAAAUGGAAUGUGUUGUUUUAGAAGAUCAAUGUGUUCAUCAUCCAACCAAUCCAUCUGUCACGUGGGCUUCAGGAGGUUGCUGGUUUCUAACACAAAUGAUCAUGUUCAGUACAUCAGUGCUGAACAAUUCAGUUCAAUGGGACUAACAGCUACUUUUGCUGCAGUAAUUCUGCAGCCUGGUGUAGAUAGACUGUGCAAUCAAAGGAUGGAUGCAUUUCUGUAGUUUGCCUGCUGACACUCUGUGUCAAUGGAGUAUAUCAAUGUAUAUCUCAGAGCUGUGCUAGUACUACUUAACAUUCCAAAGAUUAGUGUCUCUGAAAUCAUUCUUUGAUUAAUAAUGUAUUAUAUUAGCAAUUUGCCAAGCAAGGAUCAUGGAUAACAGAUGAAUGGGCCAUAAAUAAGUUAGCGUUUUUAAUAAUUUAGAUGGUUCAUUGAUUCAUUCAUACUGUUCCCCACCCUUCAAUUUACGUCCCUUACAGCUACAUAUCUGCAGAGAUAGAAAUUCUGCCCCUGACAAUCUGCAACAUUGUGAGACCCAGUUCAUGGGGUUAUGGGGGGGAAGCCUGUAGUGGUCUGGGACCCUAUCUUCAGCCAAUCAGCCUGGAAAUGUUAGGCUUGGAUGGCCAGACCAGUAAGGAGAGGAGGAGGGGGAGGUACCCAGAGCAGCCUUCUAUGUCAGGAGAUGGGUACACCUCAACACAUUUGGCAAACCCAUCUCCAAACGCCCCUUCAUCAACCCCUCA